GAGCCUUCAGAGGGUUCCAAAGCUGCUUUUUCAGAGACAGGAGGGAGUGAAGGCUGGGAGACCACGGGCACUCCCCAGGUUACAGAACCAGCCCAUGCCCGAGUCCAGACACAAUCCAGGGCAUGGACACCGCCCGGGUUGCAGUUGUUGGGGCAGGUGUGGUGGGGCUCUCCACUGCUGUGUGCGUUUCCAAACUGGUCCCCCGAUGCUCCGUGACUGUCAUUUCAGACAAGUUUACUCCCAAUACCACCAGUGACGUGGCGGCCGGAAUGCUCAUUCCUCAUGCUUAUCCAGACACACCCAUUCACCAGCAGAAGCGGUGGUUCAGGGAGACCUUUGAUCACCUGCUCGCAAUUGCCGGUUCCGCAGAAGCUGGAGAUGCUGGCGUUCUUCUGGUGUCUGGUUGGCAGAUAUUCCGGAGCUUUCCUAUUGAAGAUGUGCCAUUCUGGGCUGACGUAGUUUUGGGAUUCCGAAAGAUGACAGAGGCUGAGCUGAAGAAAUUCCCUCAACACGUGUUUGGUCAGACUUUUACAACCCUGAAAUGCGAAGGCUCUGCCUACCUCCCGUGGUUGGAGAAAAGGGUAAAAGGAAGUGGAGGCCUGAUGCUCACCCGGCGAAUAGAAGACCUGUGGGAGCUUCAUCCGUCCUUUGACAUUGUGGUCAACUGUUCAGGCCUUGGAAGCAGACAGCUUGCAGGAGACUCAAAGAUCUUCCCUGUAAGGGGCCAAGUGCUCCAAGUUCAGGCUCCCUGGGUGAAGCAUUUUAUCCGAGAUGGGAGUGGGCUGACGUACAUUUAUCCUGGUGUAUCCCAUGUCAUCCUGGGUGGAACUAGGCAAAAAGGGGACUGGAAUCUGUCUCCAGAUGCAGGAACGAGCAGAGAGAUUCUUUCCCGAUGUUGUGCUCUGGAGCCCUCCCUCCAGGGAGCCCGCAGCAUAAGAGAGAAGGUGGGCUUGAGGCCCUCCAGGCCAGGUGUGCGGCUAGAGAAAGAGCUCCUGGCCCGAGAUGGCCGGAGGCUGCCUGUGGUGCACAACUACGGCCACGGGAGCGGGGGCGUCUCUGUACACUGGGGCACUGCUCUGGAGGCCGCCAGGCUGGUGAACGAGUGUGUCCAUGCUCUCAGGACCCCUACUCCCAAGUCAAAGAUGUAGAUGACAGUAAAUGACGGCAAAUGACCCCAGAGACGAUUGAUCAGAGCAAAAUUUAAGCACCAGAACAGGUUCAAAUAAUUUUUCCAUUGCAUGAAAAGAGAUUUCUUUGUUUUCAGAAAUUAGAACUGAUGCAACAUAUAGAUGUAGGAAAUCUAGUACUAAUGACACAGGGCAUAAGCUCUAUUUUUUGUUAAAAAUACUUGUCAUAGAGGAAGAUUUGUUUUAGAUCUGAUGUCCAACAAUCUAUGCUAAUUAACACGAAUGCUGGAAGCUAUAGGGAUUUUGACAUCUUUUAGCUCAUAAAUCCACAGGAGGAGAUAUCGUACAGAAAACGGUUUAAUCACUAUUGAUUGCAGGGCUGCCCAUGAUCCUUUUAUGUUAUAGCCAAAUGAACAUUAUAAUCCCUCUAAAUAAAAUUACGCAGUGAUCACACAAGGUAGACUUACUACAUUUAGUUGAAGACAAGGUGUGAUUACUGCUAUUAUUAAUGGCAGCCUCUUCCACCCUUCUAAUGAUGGUAGAAGACAGAGAUGAAGUUGCCUGUGGGUGUGUUAUCAGUUCAAUAGCUGCCUGGGAUCCAUCACCUAAGGGUGGUACAUUCCAUUGCCACGAUCGAGUAUCUGGCUUGUUGCAUG